AUAAUCCAAUAUAUGAUACAACAUAUAUAUAUAUAUAUAUAUAUUAUAUAAUUUGUCAUGGAUUCACUCAUAGUAACUUCCAUAGCUUUCAUAAGUUUCAUUGUGCUGUUUAGAUAUCUUACUACUAGCAAAAAAACACCUAGAAAGAUCAGAGUGCCUGAAGCUUCAGGAUCAUGGCCGAUUAUCGGCCACUUGCAUCUUUUAGCUGGGUCUAAAGUUCCUCUUCAUAAAUUGUUUGGCUCAAUGGCUGACAAAUUUGGACCCAUUUUCACUAUCAAACUUGGGGUUCAUCGAACUCUAAUUGUUAGUAAUUCCGAGGUGGCUAAAGAAUGUUUAACAACCAAUGACAGAGUAUUUUCUAGCCGCCCAAAAGCUAUGGCAAGUGAGGUCAUGGGCCAUAAUUAUGCAAAUUUUGCCCUUGCACCAAGUGGACCAUAUUGGCGUGAUGUUCGCAAGUUAAUUGUUCUUGAAUUGGGGUCUCAACGUUGUCUUAAGAUGCUAGAAAACAUUCGGGCCUCUGAAGUAAAGUCAUCUAUAAAAGAUAUGUAUACAAAAUGGGAUAUAAAUAAAGGGUCGUCUAAAACUGUAAUGAUUGAAAUGAAAGAAUGGUUUGGAGAUCUAACUGUGAAAAUACUUAUAAGGAUGAUGUUUGGGAAUCAAUUUUCGCGUGGAGAACAGAUUAACGAAGAUCAGUUGAGGAAAUUGAUUAGGCAGUUAAUGGAACUAAUGGCAGCGAGUGUGGUAUCAGAUGCCAUUCCAGGCUUACGAUGGUUAGACAUCGGAGGGUAUGAGAGGAAGAUGAAGAAGACAGCAAAAGAUAUGGACGACGUGUUCCAGGCGUGGUUAGAAGGGCACAAAAAGAAGAUUAUGGAUUCUACGCUACAAGAUGAAAGUGAAGACGAAGCUUUUAUGGCCGCGUUGUUAUCGCGUGUUAAAGAGCUAAAAGAGGAUCUUUAUGGGUUUAGCCAUGAAACGAUUGUAAAAGCUUCAUGCCAGGACAUUUUAUUAGGGGCAAUUGACGAGACAGCGAUAGUUCUAACGUGGGCUUUAUCAUUGUUAGCCAACAACCCUGUUGUGUUCAAGAAAGCCCAAGAAGAGCUUGAUACCCAUGUGGGAAAGAAUAGAAAUGUGGAAGAGUCAGACUUGAAGAACUUAGUCUAUCUUCAAGCCAUCAUCAAAGAAACGAUGCGACUUUAUCCUUCUGUACCGCUUUUGCUUCCUCAUGAGUCCACAGAAGACUGCAUCGUUAGUGGGUACUACGUUCCUAAAGGCACACGCCUUUUAGUUAACGCUUGGAAGAUUCAACGUGAUCCUAACAUAUGGAGCGAUCCUUUUGAAUUCCAACCUGAGAGAUUCUUGACAAGCAAAAAGGAUAUCGACUUGAAGGGCCAACACUACGAGUUAAUUCCUUUUGGCAGUGGCCGAAGAAUUUGCAUAGGAGUCUCUUUUGCUCUUCAAGCCUUGCCGUUGAUACUAGCUAGCAUAAUACAUGGAUUUGAGUUUCAAAAGCCAUCAAAUGAGCAGAUUGACAUGACCGAAAGCAAUGCCUUAACAAAUCUCAAAGACACUCCACUUAAACUCCUUGUUGCUCCGCGACUCUCACCAGAGUUAUAUCAAGGCUUAGUAUAGACCGUUGCCACCUACAAUAACUUUCAGAGCUUUUACUUAUCUUCGUAUGACAUCAUCUCAGUCUUAUCAUCGCAGUGCCCUUCAUGUUUUCUUUUGUAUGAAUAAUGCAAUUUUCCCCUGUUCUAUA